CUCCGAGUGCUUCCUGUUGUAGAAAAUCUCCAGGAAGCUGCAGCGUGUGGACACUCGCGUUUGUACCGAUGGACGCAGCUCAGUGACCUCCAGCAGCUCAGGCCUCAUGCUCUCUCAUCUCGGUGCUGCCACACUCGCCCUGCACUUACUGUGGACCGCCAUGGCCCAGGUCGCCGGCCAGGAGGACAGAGAGAAAACUACUGCACUCAAAGAUUUGCUGUCGAGGAUAGACUUGGAUGAACUGAUGAAGAAAGAUGAACCACCAUUCACUUUCCCCAAAACACUGGAGGAGUUUGAAUACGCCUUCAGCGAGCAUGGUCAGCUCAGACAUAUAAAAACAGGUGAACCCUUUGUGUUCAAUGCCAGAGAGGAUCUUCACCGCUGGAACCAGAAACGCUACGAAGCUCUCGGAGAGAUAAUCACCCAGUAUGUUUACGAGCUGUUGGAGAAGAAGUGCAACAUGACUAAAAGAUUCCUGCCAUUGGAUGCCACAGACGAGGAGCCCACCAGUUUUAUCUACCUGAGCCCAGAUGCCUUGUCCAACCCGUCCAAGCUGCUGGUGUUGAUUCAGGGCAGCGGCGUGGUGCGGGCCGGUCAGUGGGCCCGUAGACUCAUCAUCAACCAGGACCUGGACUCGGGGACACAGAUUCCCUUCAUCACCAGAGCCAUAGAGGACGGCUAUGGUGUGAUGGUGCUCAACCCCAACGAGAACUACCGUGAGGUGGAGAAGCCAGCCGGGUCCAACCCCCUGCCCUCUGCCUCCGAACACUCAGACGAACCUGCCGAAAAGAAGGAGCGUAAAGACGAUAAAGAGGGCAAAAAGAAGAGAGAAUUCUACGAGAAGUACCGCAACCCGCAGAAGGAGACAGAGACCGAAUGGAUCCCUGUACGAGAAAAUGGCUCCUCCGAGGAACACGUGCUGUACGUGUGGGACAACUUUGUGUCCAAAGCCGCUGCCAAGAAUGUCUUCAUCAUGGCCCACAGCUACGGAGGGCUGUCUUUCGUUGAGCUGAUGAAUCAGAGGGAAAUGCAGGUGAAGAACCGAGUGUGUGCCGUGGCUCUGACCGACUCCGCUCACAACAUCUGGCUUCAGGAGACCAGCAAAGGCACGCAGGACUGGAUGCAGCAGCACUGUUGUAACUGGGUGUCGAGUUCAGAGCCCCUGGACACGCCGCUGGAUCCCAUGCUGCCAGACUGCCCCCGAGUCUCUGCAGGCACAGAGAGACACGAGCUGACCUCCUGGAUGAGUUUCACCUCCAUCUUCAGGUUCUUCGGGGACGUCCUGGAGGCGAAAGAGGACGAGGAGGCGGAGGAGACCUCCAACAUUGUCACCACACGCAGCAGCUCCCUCAAAAACAAACACCAGGAUUUGUAGAGGACCAACAACAAUGAUAUGGAACAAGAGGAGAGAGGAGGAGGGGGGACAGCACCGGAUCAGAGGGGGGGAUGUGUAGAAAGCGAGGCUAAGGUUCCAGAUCCUCUCUGCUAUUUCUUUAUUUUUCUCUUGCUCGCUCUCUCCCUGUAACCUCCAUCUUUCCCUCUCAGAGUGUCAUUUCUCCCUUCCAGCCCUCCCUGGCUCUGCACACACACACCGCCUUGUUGUUGUAAGAGACAAGAGUGCGGGGUCACCGUGUAUACAUCACAAUACCGUUUUGCAUUACUUCUAGAUGAGCGCAACUGUCAAAGCAAUAUGGGCCCGAGUGUUAGCGCUUCCCGUGGGCUGUGGCCUGGCUGCGGGUACGGGCCACGGCAGCAGAGAUUAAGGCUGACAGGCGCUGUGCACAAUGCACUGUGGUGCACCUCUAAUUGUCCUGACAUCAGCCUGAACUGAGCUAAUGCCCCUCCUGCCCUGCAGUCUGCACUGCUCAGUCUCUCCCUCUUCCCCCCCGCUCCUAGAGCCCGGACCGCGUAACCAGGAAUCGGCUCCUGCUGUCGGGACUCUUCUGCUAAAAUUCACCAACAUUUUGACCUGUCUUCGUUCUCUUUUUCAGCCUAAACACAACACAAAGGUUUUUGGCAAGAGUGAAAACACACACACACACACAUACACACAAACACACACACACACAUUUAACUGGUGCCAAUUUGUUUUAAGAAAAGGUGCUUUCAUAAUUUCUUCAUUCUUCAACUCCAGUUACCUUUGACUGAGUCUUCGCCUUCUGUUCAGUGUAAUAUGUGAUCCUCACCUGUGUCAUGUAUUUCUGGGAUUGCAGUGUUUCUAACUAGGAUCUCUUUUUUUAUUUUUACUACAAUUUUUUAUUUUUUACUUUGAGCAAAAUUUGACUGCAACGCCUCAUCCACAAAUACGAAUUUUUUCUUUCUUUAAUAAUAAACCAUUAUUUGUCAUGUUUACUUUAGAAUAUCUGCGGGUUUGCUUUGUAAAGUGUGGAGAGUCCAGCUCUCUGUGUUUAUUAUAAAUAUAUAUCACUUUUUUUCCCCACUACCUUUAUAGCCUUGAAAUUGAUGUCUCUGGAUGAUUGAAUGUGAUGAAACAAAUAAAACAAACACAACCUGUGCUGAGUGUGGAAAAAAGAUCAGGACGCUGAGCAUAUUUAAAAUCACUUAAAGUCAAGCAUCAAAAUGGGUUUGAGGGAUAUCUCAUUUUAACAGGAGCCAGAAGUCAGCUCACAACACUCAUAAAGCUCAAUAUAUCGCCUUACACAUGUCAGGAAAUCCAAGAUUUCAAUAUUAUUCUAAGCCUGAAUGAUAUUUCCUUAGAUGUUGGAGAAAUGUAACAUAUCUAUUUUUUCCCCUGUUUUAUUUCCUCUCCACCAAAGUACUCUUCAUAUGUACUUAGAAGUGACAAAGUCCGCUCCCUGCUCAGCUGCACGUAAUCUGACUAUGUGACACAAACAUGAUAAAAAAGAAUUUCCAUAAGGCUGGUGUGUUUUAUAAACCACUCAAGGCUUAAUGGAAUACAUUCCUAAUGUGUCCUGACAUUAGUAAAAACUCAAACCCAAUUCCAAAUCGUAUGAUACCUUAGACACAUGCUCAAAUGUAUGUUUAAAAAAAAAAAAAAACUUCAAAUAGUUAGUAUUGUUAAAGUUCUACACUAUGAAUCCCUGCCCAGUGUCUUGUGUGUCUGUGUGUUAAGGCUUUUGUGGAUUAUCUUCCUGCUGUAAUGAGACAACUGUGGCUGAUGGUUUCGGGCCUAAUUUCCUUUUAAUUUGAUUCCCAUGUCUCCAGGUUCCAGCAAAGAAGUUGCUUUAUUAUUUCAUUUGAUGAGUUUCAUUUCGAGAUGCCGUUGCUCAUCUUUCUGCUUUUCAACCACAAUCAGUUCGUUUUUCUCUCCAUAAUUCGUAUAUUGUUGCCUUAAGAAUAAACAAGACUCUGCUCUGCUGGGCUUCUUCUUUUUGUAAUAAUAAUAAUAUCCAACAAGCCAUAUAUGAAUGGAGAUAAAGAUGUAAGAGCAGCCGGGAUGCAAAGCAUAGUCUGCAAAUAAAAGGGGACUAAUUUUGCCAA